CUGUCAAGUCAACUAAAGUUUGUGCUAACAGGCGAAAUCAUCAGAAAAGUCGUGGACUUACAGUCUGAUAUCACAACAAUAAAAAUGGGCCUCAACUUUCUGGUGUUCGCUAAAUGUUAGUGGAAAUUUAGCAUCUAAAAUUGAUUAAAACUUUUUCAGUUUGAGAAGCAUUGGCUAAAAUGCUAAAGAAUAACGCUGUGAAUAGAACUGAUACACGGGAGGUAAUUGGAAUACAUAAAAUGAACUACUAAUCUUGCAUCUGUGACCCGGCUUUUACGUGUGAAGAUUAUGUUAAUAAUACAUCUUCGUGUUGGUAAGGGCGUUCGUAUGAUAGAUUCCGUAAGUUUCUCAAUUUUGACACUGUCUUGGUCAAAUCAAUUGUAGGAUUUGAAUAAUUCAUCAAAGUGAUACAAUUAAAUGACUAAAAUAGAAAUUACUGAUUAUUAGAUGUAGGAAAAGACCUCUUCAGUGUUAUAUCUUAUCUUAUACGAUACAGACGUUACUUCAAAAAAAGAAGAUGAUUACGCCCUACGCGUCAAGCAUUUAGUCAUGCAUAAUAACCAAUGAACUAAAUUCUGCCAAGUCAAUGGUUUUCCUGGCUAGCUCAGGCAACCCAUUCCACGCUCUAAUAGCGCUUAGGAAGGAAGAGCAUUUGUGACAAUGGCAAUAUUUUCUGUAGCUACCAAUUUUAGAACAUAAAUAUUUUUACGUAAAAUUUAUGAGACCAAGGAUUAAAAGGAGCAUACCAUCUGCACCAUCAAUUUAAAACAACAACAUUCUAGAAAAGAGAAUAGACACAACAUACAGAGAGGUCUUGGGUGACUGCAUGUUUUCACGUUCCCUCGUAUUCCUAUGUAGAGGAAAGAGUCAGUUUGAGCUGUGGAGAUUACAACACUAUUUUCACAACUUAUUUCUUACAAUCGACUUAACAAAAUGGAUGAAAGUCAACAGAUGAAAACUUCUUUAUCAAGCCACGAAGAUGCCCAGCAGAUUCCACUUAUGACACCAAAAUUUAGCAACAACCACCAGACACAGAUUAGCUUAACAGACAACACUGGUGUCAAUGAUGAUAUUGUAGACAAUUGCAAAGCAAAGGAUGUGUCUGCAGAGACUGACACUGAUGUUACCAUGGAGAUCUGCCCUCUUGUGCUCGUGAGGUCUCCUGUGUUCCCUCAUGGACAGUGCAGCAAAUUUGUGGAAAAAAUGGAGAUUUGGUUCGGGAAAAUAUGGCAACGGCAGAAGAAAAAGUUCUUCCUGGGUACCAAGAUACUAGCAUGUUUAUUGUACCUUACAUAUUUCGGAUAUUGCGUUCAUCACAGAUACUAUGAUGAAGGUUCUUACAUACUCACUGCAUUUACUGGACUUCUGGUCACCAAAGUUGUGUUUAAACUAACUAGUGGACACCGAGGACGAGCCAGAAAUUUACUGAAGAAGCAUUUUUACAAGUGUUACGUCCGAUCUCGAAGAACCAAAUACUUCCGGUCGAUAACCAAAUAUGUUCUGUAUGUAGCGGCAAGUGUCCUGGUCUGUGUGUACGUGGGUGUAUUUGUACUUCCUCACAGUCCGACAAACUCACAGGCUGUGAUUGGCCUGGUUCUCAUGGUCAUCUUGUGCUUUCUGUUCUCGUCCAGUCCAAGCAGGGUCAACUGGCACCCAGUAUUCUGGGGGUUCAUUCUUCAGUUUACUUUUGCUGUCUUGACCCUCCGGACAACCAUGGGAUAUGAAACUUUCAAAUGGAUCGGCGAUGCUGUUCAUAACUUUGUCCGUCUCUCUGACCAGGGGUCAGCGUUUGUGUUUGGAGACAGCUUCAAGGCAGCGAAGGCAGGCUUCUUCUUUGAGUCUGCUGGUGUAAUCGUAUUCUUCAAUUCAAUCAUAUUCGUACUCGACUACUACGGAGUAUUGGAGUUCAUAGUUCUCAAAAUAGGCCAAGGACUUUCUUUUUGCCUAGAAACUGGGCCAGUGGAGUCAGUAGUGUCGGCAGCCAAUAUUUUUAUUGGGUUGUCAGAGGCGCCUCUAUUAGUACGCCCUUACCUGCCAACUGUAACGAGAUCAGAGCUGCACGCCAUCAUGACCUGCGGAUUCUCCAGCAUUUCAGGCGCGUUCAUGGCUAUGUUUAUUAAAUCAGGGGCGCCGGCCAAUCAUCUAUUGACAGCAGCUGUGAUAUCCGCCCCUGCCGCGCUGGCUGUGUCAAAGCUGUUAUAUCCAGAGAUGGACAGGGCGGACCUUGAAAAUCAGAAAAAUAUCAAAAUGAGGGAUGAAAACUCCAGCCAGAAUCUGUUGCAAGCGGCCUCUGACGGUGCCGCCUUCUCCAUCAAGCUGGUGGCCUCCAUUAUGGUGAACAUGAUGGCCUUUGUAUCCAUUCUCAAUCUCAUCAACACAACUUUGGUCUGGAUAGGUGAGAGAGCUGGAGUUCCAGGCAUGACCUUUGAUCUUAUGUGUUCCUAUCUAAUGUAUCCCCUGGCCUACGUCAUGGGCACCGCCCCUGAAGACUGUGGGAAAGUCGGAGCACUCAUUGGCCUCAAAUUUGUGGCAACUCCCUUUGUGGCCUACGCUGAGUUAGGUCUGAUGGUCAAGAACCGACACACUUUUGAGAGCUACGUCAGAGAGUACAACGGCACGUGGUACACAUCAGGAGAUGACGUCAUUUUAACUGAGACGAACACUACCCUUUUUAAAGGCUUUAUGAAGGAGAAAUCCGAGGCCAUCUCGACCUACGCCAUCUGCGGACUUUCAGCCUUUCCCGCCAUAGGGUUCUGCUUGGGUACACUUGCACCAAUGUGUCCGGCGAGAAAGGAUGACGUCAUUGACCUCGUUUUGAGAGCUUUUGUGGCGGGAAACAUCGCAAACUUUGUCACAGCAUCUGUAGCAGGUGUGUUGUAUAUGAAUACGUAACGUCCGGGCUACCCUUUAAGUGCUGAUGGGAAAGAGUGCAUCUAGACAUUGCUUCCGAUCGACAAACAGGAAACUAAUAUUAUCUACGAGUUUUUUUUAAAAUAGUUCUAAACGUGAAUAUACUGGAGUAUAAUUAAAACAAUCUGACUCUUAAUGAAUACUACAGAAUGUAUAUAGUAGUUCUAUUUAUUGGUCUAGGAUUGUUUCAUUAAAGCAGUUAAUCACAAAGUACAAACAUUUGAGAUUUAAUGCUCAAAUACUUAAGAAUGAAAAGUUAUUUUUUAAAAUCUUAUCUUCAUAUCAACAUACUUCGCCUGUCUUCUGAUGCACAUUUUUUUACACUUUAUUUAUCCCUUUGGACAACUAUUUAUAAUCACUAACAAAACAUCAAUCCAAUAAAAAUUGACUAACUAUUUAA